AUGUGUUUAGAAAACAGGGUAAGAAGAAGAAAAAGCAGUAUUAGAGCACAAGAAACAGGGCAGGUCAAAAAGCUACUGUUUUUCUUCAUCUUUCUCAUCUUCAUUCUGUCUUUCCCUGCCCAUUCAUCAUCACUCCAGCCAGAUUCAUCCGGUCCAAGAAAAGUUCAGUUUUUUCCUGCUGCCCUCCAUGGAACAAGGUCAGUUGAAGCCAAGAAGCUUAUGGGUUCAAAUUCGGAAGAUAAGUUUUAUGAUGAAGACAAGAGAUUGGUUAGAACCGGUCCAAACCCACUUCAUAAUUGA